CUCUCGGUUCCGCUGCUCUUCCUGCUGGAGCCGAGCGCGGAAAAGAGACGAUAAACAAAAAAAAGAAACACCUGAAAAAUUACAAAAGCGACCAAAACACUGUCUCAAAACAUGGACUAAUGAACGGAGGAUUCGGUUUGAGGAGGGAUUAAAGCCUCGACGGGAAUCAGGAGCGGGAGGAAGCGAGCCCUCCGCGGCUUUCAGACAUUAGAUCUCCGGUUAGCGUUAGCUUAGCUUUAGCUUAGCUUAGCUUAGCUUCGCAUAGCUGCUGCUAGCAAGCAGAGAGAGAGAGAGAGAGAGAAGGGGUGAAAGGGACGAUAGAGAGCUAAGAAAAAGACGAGAAGCGACUCUGAAUGUCAUUUUUGUGGGGUUUAAAGCUAAACAGGACGUUGUUUGUAGCAGAAGCCGCUCGACCCCUGGAGAGCCGUUUCCAGGUAGUUGUUAGGAAAGUUGGCUAACUCCCCAGUCCGGUCGGAGGCCUGCUGGUAUAAAGACACUGCAUGUGUCCGGAGUGUCGAGGAGAUAAACAACCAAAUUAAACCCCAAUAAAGGAGAAGAUGUCGGCCCAGGCGCAAAUGCGAGCCAUGCUGGACCAGCUGAUGGGCACCGGCCGGGACGGAGACACCAUGCGCCAGAGGAUCAAAUUCACAGAUGAAAGAGUGUGUAAAAGUCAUCUACUGGAGUCCUGCCCUCAUGACAUACUGUCAGGAACGCGUAUGGACCUGGGGGAGUGUUUGAAGGUUCACGAUCUCGCUCUGAGGGCAGACUACGAGAUCGCCUCCAAACAUCAGGAAUACUUCUUUGAACUUGACGCUGCAGAGCACUUGCAGUCGUUUAUCGCAGACUGUGACCGAAGGACCGAAAUGGCCAAGAAACGGUUGGCCGAGACACAGGAGGAGAUCAGUGCAGAGGUCGCUGCGAAGGCGGAGCGGGUUCACGAGCUGAACGAGGAGAUAGGAAAGCUGCUGGCUCGAGCGGAGCAGCUGGGCGGAGAGGGAAACGUGGAGGAAGCUCAGCAGCUCCUGGAGAAAGUGGAGAAAACACGAGCCCUCAAAAAAGAGGCUGAGGACAUAUAUAGGAACUCCAUGCCGGCCUCCAGUUUCCAGCAGCAGAAGCUGAGGGUGUGUGAGGUCUGCUCCGCCUAUCUCGGUCUCCACGACAACGACCGUCGCCUCGCCGACCACUUUGGUGGGAAACUGCAUCUGGGCUUCAUCGAGAUCCGGGAGAAGCUGGAGAAACUGAGGAAAGCAGUGACAGAGAAGCAGGAGCGAAUGAGGAUGAGGCGAAGGGAGGAGAGGGACCGAGAGGAGAGAGCGGAGCGAGAGAGGGAGUGGGAGGUGGAGAGAGAGAGGGAACGUGAACGGGAGAGAGAAAGAGAGCGAGAGCGAGAGAGGGAAAGGGAAAGAGAGAGAGACCGCCGAAGGUCGAGAUCUAGAAGUGGGGACAGAUACAGGGACGGAGGGAGCUCCUCUCAUCGCUCUCGGCGGCACCGCUCGUCUCGUUCUCGGGACAGAGAGAGAGAGAGGAAACACAGACACAAAGACCGACACCGCUCUCGUUCGCACUCGCACAGGAGGAAGAAGAAAAGGUCCUCACACACCAGAGAACAGGAGCACUCUGUGUCGCAGGAGCGAUGGAGGGAGUAUCCAGGAGAGGACAGAUGGAGAGACGAUGGACGAAGGGAUGUGGAGAGAGAGCUGGGCCAGAGAGAGCGGUCGCCCCCUUCGUCCCCGGAGACGGGACAGACUGAGGGGAAUAGAGAGAUCCGUCUCGCUGGAGAGAGAGAAUCGCUCCAGCUCUGAGGAGAGAGAGUCGGGAGAGAUAUAGAAUAGAUAGAAAAAGAGUGAGAGAGAGUGAGAGAGAGUUAUACUUUUAAAUGGCUUCCUGCCCGUGUUCUUCGUUUCUGUGUAUUUAGCUGAUCUGUCAGUCUCUGGAUGGGCUGAACCAACAAAACAGCAUCAACUGCCAAUUAACAGUGUAUGCCGGUCCUGUCCAGGCUCCGCCCACAAAUGCAUUCUUUCGUAGCAACUGUUCCCAGGUUGGACAAGCUUUCCAGAACGUUGAGAAAUUCCCAUUCAACCUCGUGAGAAACUGUGGCGCACGUUUUUGUGUCGCUGCAUAAAGACACAACAGUGGGUGCGUUUACAUGCACGUAAUAAUCUGAUAACUGCAGAAAAUCAGAUUUUGUCAGUAAUCCGACCAACAUGCACUUGAGUAAUCAGAUAAUGGGGAAAACUUCAGGUCUACAUGAGUCAGACAGUAAUCAAAUUUCUGCUUUGCAACCAGCCAAUAAACUCACAGAGGAAGACGUGACGUAAACGUAAUGUAAAACUCAAACUUGAUGCUGCGGCUUUUACAUUGUGUCACUUUACCUGAAAAUAUGAACGUACAUCAUCUAGAACAUAAAGAAUAUAUCCUUAAUUUUAUCGAGCAUAUAGUUGUUUUCAGCGUUGCUCCAAAAGUGUUUUGCUGCCAUCUGGUGGAAACGCUGCUCACUUAUUUCUGGUCUGUUUUCAUACAUGCACAGACUGAGAAAUCUGAAAGAAAUCAGAGCAAGAGUUUACAUGCACUGAGGGAUCUGAUUACUGAGCUAAAAUCCAGCUCUCUAUAUCAGAUUUCUUUUAGAUUACUAGAUCGGAGUUUGGUGUUUUCACGACCACUUGAAUAUUCAGAUCACGGCAGAAAUCUGAUUGUGAUUGGAUUAUUGAGUGCAUGUAAACACACCCAGUGUGACAUUCUGACACCAUUUUUCACAUCAAAAUUGACCCUUUUUUUAAAUUUGUUCAUUCGGUUCUCCUUUUUUUUUUUUUUUUGCAGAAAAACCCAAACGAACAGGCAGAAUGUUUUCCAGUGACAAAAUAGGAAAGGUUGACAUUGGUCUCCUUUCCAUUUCGCAGCUUCAUUCAGGAGCUGAAGUUCAUGAGCUCAGAUUUCUUGGGUCUCUGUAACUCAGUUUGAGCUGCUUUUCGGAUAUCCAGCUCCACGUAUCACGAAGCAGAAGAUAAACUAAACCUUUUAAUGUUUGUCAGAAAGUACUGGUUGCUGGGACACAGCUGGUCCAUCAUCGUGAUUGGUGUCAUGCUGGCAUCAGAGAUGACAGUGAUUGGUGAAGUGAGCUCAUGUCGCCUGUGAUAUUUAACAAAAAUUGCGAUAGUGGGUGAAGAAAAUACCACUGUUUUGAACGUCCAGAAAAUAUUGAUAGGUGUACAUAUGAUCAGUUAUACGUGUCCAAAUUAAUUUGACAUUGGCGUGAUCAUUGUGUAAAGGCCUUAACCUAGCAACAGUUGCUACAAAAGAAUGCGUUUGUUGUCCAUAGAUUGGAUGAAUCAAAUGAAUUGAAUGUUCUCAGCCAGUAUGAAGUCUGUUAAGUCUAGUUUUAGACUCAUUUGCAAUGGUGUUUCGCCACCAAGCACGUUUAAAGCUGAGGCUAAAGAUUAGUCUGGCUCAGGGAAAGCUGUCCUGUAGGUUUCGGACUGACAGAUACGUCUGAUUUCUUUGAAUUUUACCACAUACACUGCCAGUUUCUAAAACAUGGAGGAAGUUUAGGUUUAGACUGAAUUGCAAUGCGGAGGGUGAUUUGACGUUGAAUUUUUUUUACAGUCUAUGUUUAGGCCUAAUGAGGCUCCAGGAAACUGGCCCACAGUUCGACAGAUAAAUCUAAUGUUUCUCAAUUUGAUUAUUUGUAUCUCCAGUUGAAGUUUAUUAAGUUGAGUCAUAGACUAAAUUCCAUUGCCUGUAGCGAUUCACAAUUGAAAAUCCAGACUUAGGCCUAAUCUGUGUUGGAGAAACUGGUCCAUUCCUGGCAGAUAGAUCUGAUUAUUCUGCCUUCACAUAUCUACAGUUCUAAUGUUUACAGUGAAAGAAGAUCCCAUCCAAUCUGAGGUUUUCAGUGUAAGCUUGGACCAUAUUCUCUUAGUGAUCUAGUUAAAAAAAAAAAAUACAUACCUCAACAGAGUCCUUUCUAAUCCAGACCCUUGUUUCCUUUAGCCUGCCAAAACUGGUCAGAUGUAGUAAACAUAUCAUUGCGGUCCCAUCCAAAUCUGUUUUGUUUUUGUCGUUUACAUCAUUCGAAUGGUCCAAAAUUACCAUUUCUUUAAAGUACAUUACAGUAAAGGACAUUUUUACUUUUUCUAUAACAUUACCAUGUUGAAGUUUUGUCACCACGGGUCAGUUAAGGUGUUAGGCAUUGGGACAGGACUGAGUAUUUAAAGAAGUGGUUCACCAACAAUAUAUAUAUAUAUUUUUUUACCCUUACCCCAAAUGUGGUCAUUUGGCCAGGACAUGUUGUCUCAAGUUUGCUUCUGGAGCUGUGAGGCUAAUGUAGCUAACGAGUAAUGAGUGUCAGUCUUUUUGGGUGACCUGUUUCAUCACCCUCAUUACCACUAAGGAAGCAAACUUCAGACACCAAACUUGUCCUGGUCAGACGACUUUUGCUUGGUGGGGAGAAUUGUGGAAUUUCAAUUCAAUUAUCAUACAAUUAUCAUGAUAAUAACUGCUCCUUUAACAUUUUGCCCAUCUGGCGAGUCAUAAAUCAGUGGACGCAUGUUGAAUAUGGAAAGGAAGCUAGUCAAAAGUUGAAGUGCGUGUGAAUGAGAGGUUAAGAUAGGAACAGUCGGUGAAACAGUGGGCGCCUCAAAGCGGCAGUUCUCGAGCAUCUUGAAACGGAGGAAGCCAACCAAAGGAGUCGGACAUGUCCAUCCCGUUUCACUUCAAGUUACAGCGAGUUACUAGAGGAAUAAAGCAUCUUGAGAGAGGCGGAGCUACCACCGAAGCUGUGUAUUUUCUUUCAAAACAACCCAGUGGUGGAUUUUUUUUUUUCUCCUUUUUGUUAUUGUUAUUGAACAUUGACUAUUGAUCAUCACUGUUGAUGAUGUUUAUGCAGCUACUCUGAGGCCGGGUUCAUUGGUUAGCGAGCUGACCGGUUCGUUUAUAAGGAGGAGCCUCUUAUUUUUAGGUGUCACCUUAAUUGUGAGUGCCUCCUUAAAGGAAUAGUUCGCUGGGUGACGGUAAAGGGCAAUUCCACCAAUAUUAUAAAAUUUGAUAUUGAGUUGUUGGGAUGUAAAGUAAAGAGUGGUUUGGUGUGAAAUGGUUCACUGUAGAGAAACUUACAGAUUUCUUUACAGUGGUGGUGAUAGGAACCAGGAGUCAUGAUGUCUACAACACAGAUAUAGUGAUUUUAUUUACUAUCCAAAUCCACCAGUGAACCUACACAGGUCUUCUGAGUGUUUAUAUGUAAUGUUGAUGAUGAUAAAAUAGUGAUAAAUGUGAAAAAAUAAGUUUUCCUUUGGGACUAUUUUGUCUUACAGUGCCCUUCAUGUAUCCCUCCACCAUGAAGGUAUUUUAAAAACACAGAUUAGGUUGGAGGUUUAUUGUAGAACUGUCAUAAAACAGUGUCUGACCUCAGGCAGUGCAUUCAUAACCAUUUCAUGUAAUAAUGUUCUGUGAAGGAGCAUUAAACUCUUCAGACGUCUGGUUCCUAUCACCACCAUUGUAACCAAUUCUGACUCUAGAACAGAGCAUUUCACACCAAAUUUGUUUACAUCUUAAUCAUUUAAUCUUAAAUUUUGGAAAGUUGGUGGAAUUCCCCUUGAAAAGCAUUGCUAAUAGAAUAAACAUGUAGAGGGCAGAACAUUUUUUGGCCUAAUUUACUCUUAAAAUAAGACAAAAUGAGUACAAACCAGUCAGGAACUAGGCAGUCAUCACUCUCAUGUAAUGAGUGAUGCUGUUGAUAAAUGUGGAUAUAAUUUCCCUUUCUGUUCGCUCGUUAACUGUGUGGUUCCGGUUUCAUAGUACACAUCCAGUAUGGUUUAGUUUGAAAGCUGAAAAACUUGAGUUUAUGAAUUCAUUGCUAUGUACACAAAAGACUCGAGCAGCGAUUUACUGUGAAUGCAAAAGAGACGACGCCACUUCCUUCCAGGCAUAUUUGUACAUUUGGUUACAUCGCAAGCCAACUAUUUCUCUUCUUGUUAACGUGUGCAGAACUUUUCAAAACUUCUUUUUUCUUUUCCUUUUAAUUUGCUGUGUUAGCAGGUUCUCAUCUGAAGAAAUCUGAUCCUUCCUGUCAAAUACUAUAAAAUUUAAUAAACCAGUCUGAAAAGUCCAUGUUAAAAA